AUGUUAUCACGUUUACUCGAGGACGUCCAUGAAGAGGACUGGCUUAUCAACAAACCAGCAUGGAAGGUCAUCGUGUUAGAUCAUUUUCCAGGCAACUGCGAUGUCCUCGAUUCUACUCCUAGAAGGAUUGAUAUUGCAUUUCUUACACAUCACACUAUUGCUGACGGACUGAGUGGCAUUGCAUUCCAUACUUCUUUAGCAGAAAACUUUCAGAGGCUUUCAGCAAACGUCGCCAAGCCUAUAUGGCCAAUGGCUUUGAGCGAACCUGUUGCCGCUCCAAUUACUCUUGAGGAGUGCAUUGACUGCUUUUCAUGCACUUGCGCUGUCUGUACUUCUGGAGUCGAUGAUCGCAAAGCUUGGAUAGGAGCAAAACAAACGCCUGAUGCCACAUUCAGAUCCAUGGUUCAAAUCGUGAACAUCUCAGCGGAACGUCUCGCUGCUACGCUUCGGAAGUGCAAGCAGGUGGGAGUUACGCUUACUGGAUUUCUUCAUGCGGUCAUAUGUACGUCUCUCUGGCAUUCUAUCAAAGACUAUGUCCCUGGAAUCCGUUCUAUUACGCCAUUCUCAGCACGAAAUCACACAAAGACUUCAGCAAGGGAUAUUGUCAAUCAUAUCUCUUACUUGACAAGCUAUACAUCCCGCAAGGAGCUAGAAAGGCUGAAAGAUCUUGAGCUUGGGUCCAAAGAAGAGUCAGAGUACAUAAUGGAAAUGGCAAAGUCUUUCAGUAUUGACGUAGCCACCAAGGUCGGAGACUUUCCUCACGGAAGUAUGGCUACGAACCUGAGUAAAAUCUCUGAUUUACUACGUCAGUAUCAGAGCCAAGGUCCGGCGGACAGGAGAAUCUCAUAUGAGUUGUCCAAUCUUGGCUUGGUAUCCAAUGUUAAGCCGCGGGAAGGUGGUGGUAUGAAACUGGAAAAGAUUAUCUUUUCACAGUGUGCAAGUAGUGUUACCCCAACGCUCGGAUUCAGCUGUAUCAGCACGAAAGGUGGGUCUUUUGUUAUGAGCGUUACGUGGGCGGAAGGAGUUGUUGAAGAAUCGUUGGUUGAUCAAGUUAUACGAGAGUUGCGGGGCCGGUUUGUGGAUGGUGGUGAAGAUUGA